AUGGAUGCGCAGAAUGCUGCCCAGUCCGACCAGACGAGGCCUGCUGGCGACUCCCUUCAGCGGCCUGACUCAAAACCCGAACUCUCAAAGUCGACACCGCCGCCAGCAGUAAGCCCUGAGCCAUCUGAGCCUGAGCCCCUUAACAAGGACAAGAAUAAGGACAAAGAUGCUCGUCGAAACCCGAAUUCUUCAUCCGUAAUUGAUCAAGAUGCUUCUGAAGGUCGCGAUUCUGAUGCCGAAACCAUCGUAUUGCCAGGCAAAGAUGGCCACUCCCCGUCAAAGGCUCGAAAGGUGAGACAGGAGGACAAAAGCGACGGCGAUGCUGAAGUCGACAACGAUGGCGACGAUGGACCCAAAUCAUCGAUUAAAGCUGCUGGGUAUCGCCCUCCCGAGUUUGAAAAGCAGGCAUCAUCAAUCCAUGCCCGUGGCGACCCUAUUAAGAAGAAACGCAUAUCAGCUCACCUCGAUCGCGAAAGGUUGUCACGCGGUAAAGAUGCGGCAGCCUCGAGCGGUUUAAGCUCUGCGCCCACGUCCCCGCCCCAUCACAGGCAACAGCACCGCCGCCGCUUUGCCGACGACGCUCAUUCGUCUUCUGACUCUGAACAUUCUCACCCUCGAACAAUAAAGCCACUGCGCGAGAAGUUAAAGUCGAGUGAAAAUGCAGUGCUGCACAAGCGAAAGAGUCUCAGAGCUGAGUCCGACGACGAAGGCGAGGGUCGCAAGGUCAGGCGGCAACGAACAACGAGUGCUAGCAUCGAUUCAACUCGCUUGCAGAGGGAAAACAAGCCUCUCUCGGCAACUUCACAUUAUGACUCUCAAAACCGAUCCAUCUCCCCACAGUCUCGAUCUCACAGAAGGAGUGCUUCCUCCCAGCUACCUUCUUACUCUUCUAACGGCCUCGGCUUAAAAAAGAGGCGACUACCGCCGCCACUACACUCAACCGAUUACCACUCUGACGAUUCGUCUGCCAGUGGCAGUCCUCACCCUCGAAGCUCUAAACUCCGAAGCUUGGCAACGCCUGCCGCCGACACAAAUGCCUCUCCCGCAAGAAUGGCCCCUCACAAAAAGCACCUCGACGCCCACGGUCAAACCUUCCUAGCCCGUGCCUGUGCACGAGGUGAGUAUGAGGGGGCUAAAACGCGCCUGACCGAGAGACCCGAGGACUUGAAUGUGGCCGACUACGCCGGAAACACGCCACUUCAAAUCGCAGCUAUUAAUGGUAAAGAAGACAUCGUUAAACUCCUAAUCGAUGCUGGAUGCAAUUUGGACUGUGUCAAUUACGAUAAAGAUACGCCACUGCUCGAUGCAGUCGACAACGGUCAUCUGGGAGUCGUCAAACUAUUGCUAGACGCCGGUGUAAAUCCUCGAAAAGCCAACGUGAAUGGCGAAGAGCCCGUCGACCGGGUGAGUGACGACACGGACAACGCAGAAGAGAUCCGCGCUGCUCUUUUGGCUGCCAGGAAGCGAGCAGGGGACCGAAGACGUACCUCAGAAGAACACCACUCGCACCAAGAUCAAGAUCCUAGGGACUCCCACGCGCCAGAUAGCCCACGUCGGUCACCGGCUACCAAUUCUGGAUCCGGGCGAAGAACAGGAACUGUACGUGCAACCAAGACGCGCAACGACUUGUUAUAUAUGCCUCUUGACGAGAAAACGCUUCGCCAGGCUGCUGGCCGAGGAGAUGAAGAAACUGUCGCUCGCAUCCUACAGGUAAAGGAGGGAUAUAAUGACCCCGAAUCCAUGGUAGCAGCGGCAAGAGGUGGCCAUGAUUUGGUCAUCCAGUUACUGCUUGGUUUAGGAGGCGCCAAUCCUGAUCCGCGACCUAUAGUAAGCACUCAACCUGAGUUUGCCACUCCAAUCUUGGCUGCUAUUGGGCAAGAGAAUAUCAAGGUGGUUGAGUUACUUUUGGAACAGGCUGGUUUCGAUCCCACUCGGAGAUACAGAGGCGAAACAUACUACGAGAUCGCCCGACAUCGGGCCGGCCCAAAUUGGAAGGAUGAGGAGCACAUGUUGAAGAACGCCUACGACGAGUACAAGAGAAGCCAUAAGGACUCGGCCAAAACGAAAUCACCCAACCGGCGUGAACGAGACCAAGAACGUGGCGAUCGGGAGGAUCGAGAAACCAAACGCCCAUUCCGAACCAAGUUGAAGGAUAAGGACGAAGCUCGUCAACACAAACGGAAUAUUUCCAGCCCCGAGCCGAAGAAGAAAGCGACCAAUUCGAAGCUCACAAGCCCCGGAGAGAAGCGGAGAUCUGGCUCUUUCACGAACCUUAACGAUGAUGGCAUAAAGCGUGGCCCUGGAAGACCCCGAAAAGAAGACCGCGUCCCAUCUAUCAACAUUUCAGAUAGAGAAUUAUCCCCAACUAUGUCUCAUAAGCAACUCAAGGUCAAGCACGUAGACUCAGACGCUGCCGGUGUCUCUUCUGAAGGAGAAACUGUCAAGCCUCGCAGGAAGCUUGUUUCCAAGGGCGAACUUCGAGGAGAACGAGAGCGGCAACGACGCACCAGUAUGGUAUCGAACGCUUCCUCUCUCAAAGAUCCCCCGAAUAGCCCCCAUGAGUCAAGGCAUGAGGAGUCAGGUGAUAAGCAUGACAAGCACGACAAGCACCGGGUCGAGAAACUUUCCGAAAAGUACCAUGACCGAACCAAAGCUAUCAGAAGGGAUGAAUCUCGGGACCGCUUGUCAGUAGCUGGCGACGGAGCAACUAAAAGGCAUCGUGCUAGCAUCACACCCGAUCGACCUAGUAAUGGCGACAAGGAUGACAGCGAGGUUCCGCCGAAACGACGACGACUUGAAAGUGAAGCGAAAGAAAAACGCUCAAAACAGCCAUUGUCUUCCGAUGAAAGGCCUCGCAAGUCCAGUAGCCUCCAAGAUCCUUCCAAAAUACUGUCCAAAUCGAACCACAAGAAGCACGAUGACGACAAGCGUGAAAAGCGUGCCAAUUCCCAUCGCGCCGAUGCUGAACGAGCCAGCAGUAUUGAGAAACAGAUCCACGUUAAGUCAGAGGAGACCGAUGUGGAAAUGAGAGACGCCGACUCUAUCAAGGUCGUAUCUGAGCCGGAACCACAAGCGACUCGAGCCAAGGACUCCAGAGAGGCUAAGGAAGCCGAACAAGAGAAGCAGCGGCAAGCCGAAAUUGAGGAUGCUAAGAAAAAGGACGAGUUGCGGAAGAAGGAGGAAGCGCGCAAGAAAGAAGAGGAGCGUAAGCGGGUUGAAGCCGAAGCAGUAAAAAAGCGCGAAGAGGAAGAAGCCCGGAGGAGAGCAGAGGAAGAAGAGAAGAAGCGUCAGGAGCAUGCAGCUGAGAAGGACCGAAUCCGAAAGGAGCAAGAAGAGCGUGAAGCCCAACGCAAACGCAAGGAGCAAGAAGAACGUCAAUGGCGAGAGGAAGAGAAACAGCGACGUGAAGCUGAAGAAAAAGUGCGCCGGGAGGAGGAAGAGAAGCAGCGGGUCGAAGCAGAGAGGAAGAAGCAGCUUGAGGAAGAAGAAGAGCAGAGACAGCGCGAGGAAGAGGAGAGGCUGCGCCGCGAGCAACUCGAGCGGGAGGCAGCCGAGCAAAUUCGACGUCAACGUGAAGAAGAGGAGCGGAAAGAGCGCGAGCGCCGAGAACGUGCACACCGCGAGGAUCAAGAACGCAAACGAGCUGCACGCGAAGCCGAACAGCGACGAUUACGCGAGGAGCAGGAACGUAACCGCCUCGACAAACUACCACCUCUUCUACGAUGGUUCGACGCAUGUCCAAACCCCAAGCUUCCUUUCCUUGCAGAGAAAUUCAAGCAGAUGCAGGGCUGCCGAUAUGAUACGAUCCGGCAAGAGGCCAAUGGCACGCCUGAGGGCCGUGAGCUGUGGGUGCUCAACACUCAUGCAGCCAUACUCCUCGGCGAAAAAGACUUUGAACUUUCUAGAUACACGGCUUGGGAACGGGCUCCUGUCAGUCAACUGGCCAAGUUGACCCUUUGGCGCGUAGAGUGGCCGCUGUACACUCUCCUUGGAGAUAAGGUUCGGGAUCUCGGCCGUCAACUACCUGGAUGUUACGGCGAUGAGGAGGACCACUCGAACUUGGAAUUCCAGACAAAGGUCCGACUCAGACAGGAGGCUUGGGAGAAAUUCCGCAGCCUGGACAUGUUCUUCGUCAAGGUGUCGGAUCUAAUGUAUACGGUCCCCAACAUCCCACAUCUGCGCAAUAUCAAGCUCUCAGUCGAAUAUCGUGAACUCCUGGAGACAGAAGCAGAAAGCAUGCGGGUGGGGGCAGGUUCGUCAAAGUGGAAGCAAGAUCCAGGUGCUGCUCGCUACCACGGAUUCUCCCCCCGAUGCAAGGAUUAUGUUAACGGAGCUUUCGUGGGAGAAGAGAUGCCCCAAACUGCGCGAACAAGUAAAACGCCAUUUCCAGAGAGGAGAGUGCCUCGGCGUGGGCUGGUACGGGUGUACCCAGACAAUCCGGAGUAUACUCGAAUCUGCAUGGAACAGGGACUGGAACACCUUGUCAAUGGACAUCUCAGCCCACCUCUGGUUAAUGGCAUUCAUUCAUCUCCAAUCAGCCAGAAGUCAAUGACUUCAGGAGGGCCUCGUACAAAUGGGACCAUCAAGGUCUCGACACCCGGGUCGACGACCGAGAGCUUUGCGCCAUCAGUUGCCGGACUAGAGACACUCACAAAUGGCAUCAAUGGAAAUACGAAUGGGAACUCCAACCACUAA